AUGUUGGAGAAAAGUUUUAAAAAUGAAGAUUUAGGAAUUGAGUUAAAAUCUUAUAUUGACAAACAGCAAAAUAUUUGGUUUCUUGGAAAAGAUGUAGCUCAGAUACUUGGUUAUAGUAAUACGAAAAAAGCUGUUUUAAAACAUGUUGAUAGUGAGGAUAAACAGCUGAUUUGUUGGAGGACCCAAAAUGGGUCCGGCAACAAUUUUGAUUUAAGAGGUAAAUAUUAUAAUUUCAUAAAUGAAUCAGGCUUCUACUCCCUUGUAUUAUCCUCUAAAUUAGAAACAGCUAAAAAGUUCAAACAUUGGAUUACCUCACAAGUCCUACCUUCGAUAAGAAAAUAUGGAUUUUACAAAAUGUUUGAUAACCCUAAUAAUAAAAUGUUCAAAAUAGAAAAUGAGACAGAUCUUCAUUACAAAGUAGUUCAACUAAUUAGAAAUUAUUAUCCUGAUUCAAUAUUAGUAGCUGGACUGGGAGAGAAUCAAGAUACAGAGGAAAAAAGACUAGACUCGUAUAAAAAAGGAUAUCAGCGAGGCCAACCAGAUCUAAUGAUUCUAGAUUAUCACAAAGAAUAUAAAGGACUCUGUAUCGAAUUUAAAUCACCAACUAACAAUUACUGUGUUACAGAAUCUCAACUGAAGAUGAAAGAGAAGUAUCGUAAUAAUGAUUAUGCAUUUAUUCUUAGUAAUGAUUACGAUAAGAUCAGCAAACUUAUACAUAAGUAUAUGGAUGGUGUUCGUAUUCUUUGUAAAUAUUGCCCAAAAGCAUUUUGUAAUAAAAAAACACUAAAUAAGCAUUAUAAAGUUAUUCAUAGAAUUGAGAAAAACAUUUAA